GUUAGCUUCAGUCUGCUAAUGAAAUCAGCUCGGUAUGACAUGACCGAGAAAGACUGUGACUAGAAAUCUUAUGUUGACAUAUUUUUCAUUCAUUCGAAAGUAAAUAAAGUAAUUUUUCAAGGCUUUUUAAGUGUAUUUUUGCGGAUUUAUUGCGCGAAUUUCGAAGUAUCAUUCACAGCGAUUUAAAAAUGGCGGCCUGUUGUUCUAAUGAAGAGUUUUCUGGGCAAUUGUCACUCGAAAACGACAGUGAUUUUAGCGAUUUUGGUGACUCUGAUUCAGACGAAGAACAAGCCAUCGAUGACAACAUUUAUGGCUAUCCAAAUGAUGUCGAGGGGAGAAAUUUUGCUGAAAUUGACGAGGACACCGAGUCAGCAGGCAGUGAUUUUGACUGUGAUGACGAUCAAAAUGUUGAUGCGAACGGAGUAUCAGAGAUUGCGUUCGUGAAUGAAGACACAGUGGGCCAAGUUUUUAUUUCAAAUGAAAGAGAUGAUGCAUCUACGGACACUAGUACAACAAGUAAUCCACCAAGGCCUCGGAAACGUCGAAGAGUAACGACUGGUAAUCAAAACCAAGCAAGACGCUUACAACAACAACAACCGCAGUUUAUUUGGAAUCAAAAUAAUCCAAACAACACUGUUCCCGAAUUCCAUCUCAGACCUGGUCCAACUCGUGUGUGGGGAGGUGAGUCCAGUCCAGCCAUUUGUUUCCAGUUAUUCUGGGAUGAUGCAUUAUUUGAAUUUUUAAGAGAAAUGACAAAUAAAAAUGCAGAAAAAAAAAGAGCUGAUAAUCCUGACAAACAUAAGUCUCCAUGGAGACCAAUAACAAGUCUAGGUGAAAUGAAAGCAUUCAUUGGGGUUUGUGUAGCUAUGGGUAUCCUAAAACUCCCAGAUCUUCAUGAUUACUGGCAGAAAUCAUACCGAUUGUUUGAAAUUGGGCAAUGGAAUGAGCAUAUGAGCCGAGAGAGAUUCAAAGGUAUCAUGAGGUACCUGAAGUUUUGUGAUGAGGAAGUAGACAAACCUCAACCAAGGGAUGGCCAAGACCAACCUUCACCUGACAAACUUUACAAAGUGAGAAGGUUCUUGGACAAACUUCUACCAAAGUAUGACCAAGAGUGGGUAAGCCAUCAGUGGUUAGCCAUCGAUGAACAAAUGAUACCUUUUAGGGGGAGGGUUUCGUUUCGCCAGUUUGUUGCAAACAAACCUUCCAGAUUUGGGAUCAAAGUCUGGGCAAUGGCUGAUGGAAACAGUGGCUACAUUCUCAGGCAGCAGAUUUACACUGGAAAAAAUGUUGAGCAAGGAAUACCAGAAGUUGGAUUGGGUGCAAGGGUUGUACUUGACUUAACAGUGGGCUACCAAGACAAAAACUACAUUUUGGUAACUGACAAUUUCUACACAAGCCCCAUUUUGGCACAGAAGCUACUUGCCAGGGGCAUAGAUUGUCUUGGUACUGUAAAAGCUAAUAAUAAACACUUCCCAAAAGACAUAAUUUUUCCUCAAAAACCAAAACCUGCACGUGGAUCAGGGUCCUGGAGAAGCUGCCAAAAGAUACUCGCAGUAUCAUGGUAUGACAAUAAGCCUGUCUACUUUCUAAGUACAGUGCACAGUCCGGAACAUUCAACAGAUACUCCACAGGAGCAAAGAGGGGUUAGAAGGAGAAGCAAGGGAGGAGCAGCUUCUGUACCAUGCCCACCAUUACUGCAUGACUAUAACAAAUACAUGUGUGGGAUUGAUCGUGCAGAUCAAAAUAAUCGCUACUAUAGUGUUGGACGGAAAUGUAAGCGUUGGCCACCCAGAGUGUUUUUUCACCUGUUAGAAACCUCGAUAAACAAUGCCUUUAUAAUUUACAAAGCCACACAAGCUGGUAAGAGACUCACAUCUAAGACAUUUAGAAUGACUCUGGCAACACACCUGAUGUCUGGAUACAUUGCAAACAACAACAUUCCUGUUGCCAGGAGACGAGUUGACGCAAAUCUGGAACCAAGGUUGCAAAAUGUUGGGCCUCACAUUCCAGUAAUUGGCCCUUCAAGAGUUUGUGCUGUUUGUUCUGCUCGUUUGUCCCAUCAAUACAAACAUGAGAAGAGGCCAAGGCCAGCCAGAUCAAUAAUCAGAUGCGAGACAUGUGAUGUACAUUUGUGCCUGAACACUAACAGCAACUGUUUCUCAGUUUGGCACAAGCAACAAAAACUAUUUUAGUUUUCUAUGGUGUUUUGUUAGGGAAAAUGGUUCUAGGAUGUUAUCCUGAAUCUUCUUGAACUGCUUACAGCAAU